AUAUGUGACAAAGCAUUUUCUAGUACUAGCAAUCUAAAAACGCAUAUGACAGUGCACACGGGAGAGAAGAAUCAUAAAUGUGAAAUAUGUGACAAAGCAUUUUCUAAUACUAGCAAUCUAAAAACUCAUAUGACAGUGCACACGGGAGAGAAGAAUCAUAAAUGUGAAAUAUGUGACAAAGCAUUUUCUCAUAAUAGCAAUCUAAAAACUCAUAUGACAGUGCACACGGGAGAGAAAAAUUAUAAAUGCGAAAUAUGUGACAAAGUAUUCGCUCGUAAAUUUAUUCUUCAAUCUCAUAUACAAGUACAUUUAGGACAUAAGAAUUAUAAAUGUGGAAUAUGUGACAAAGUAUUUGCUCACAAUGGCAAUCUGAAAACUCAUUUGAAAGUGCACACAGGAGAAAAGAAAUAUAAAUGCGAAAUAUGUGACAAAGCAUUUUCUAAUAAUAGCAAUCUAAAAACUCAUAUGACAGUGCACACAGGAGAAAAGAAAUAUAAAUGCAAAAAAUGUGACAAAGCAUUUUCUAGUAAUAGCCAUCUAAAAACUCAUAUGACAGUGCACACGGGGGAGAAGAAUUAUAAAUGUGAAAUAUGUGAUAAAGCAUUUGCUCAAAAAUGUACUCUAAAAUCACAUAUGGCAGUGCACACGGGAGAGAAAAAUUAUAAUUGCAAAAUAUGUGACAAAGCAUUUUCACAAAAUAGCAAUCUAAAAACUCAUAUGACAGUUCACACAGGAGAGAAGCAUUUGCAGUUAAAAGUUACCUUACACAACAUAUGA